AAAUGUCAAAGCAAGAAAAUACGACCCUGCUUGUAAGCGGCCUGUCAGCUUCUUCCUUUUUCUUUUUCACCUACGUGUGAAGACAUCGCGUAUUUUACGUCGGUGUUUGAUUUUCAUAAAAAAGUGAAAAAUGGGUUUCGUCAAGGUAGUCAAGAACAAGCAGUACUUCAAGCGGUACCAGGUUAAAUUCCGCAGGCGUCGUGAGGGUAAAACCGAUUACUAUGCCAGAAAGCGUCUGACUUUCCAGGACAAGAACAAGUACAACACGCCCAAGUACCGUUUGAUUGUGCGUCUGUCCAACAAGGACAUCACCGCCCAAAUCGCCUACGCUCGUAUCGAGGGUGAUCGCGUCGUCUGCUCCGCUUACUCGCACGAGCUCCCCAACUAUGGCAUCCAGGUCGGUUUGACCAACUACUCUGCCGCCUACUGCACUGGCCUCCUUGUCGCUCGCCGUCUUCUGAACAAGUUGGGCUUGGACUCGCUGUAUGCUGGCUGCACCGAGGUCACCGGUGAGGAAUUCAACGUGGAGCCCGUCGAUGAUGGACCAGGAGCAUUCCGUUGCUACUUGGAUGUUGGUUUGGCUCGCACCACCACCGGUGCCCGUGUCUUUGGCGUCAUGAAGGGUGCUGUUGAUGGUGGUCUGAACAUCCCCCACUCCGUGAAGCGUUUCCCUGGCUACUCUGCUGAGGCCAAGAGCUUCAACGCCGAUGUGCACCGUGCUCACAUCUUCGGUCAACAUGUUGCCGAUUAUAUGCGCAGCUUGGAGGAAGAGGAUGAGGAAGCUUUCAAGCGUCAGUUCAGCCGUUACAUCAAGCUGGGCAUCCGUGCUGAUAACAUCGAAGAUAUCUACAAGAAAGCCCACCAGGCCAUUCGUAAGGAUCCUACCCCUAAGAAGGCUGCUCCCAAGAAGACAGCUCCUGCUAAGAAGAGGUGGAACGCCAAGAAACUCACGAAUGAGGAGCGCAAGACCAAGGUUGCCGCCCACAAGGCCGCCUAUGUGGCUAAGCUUCAGUCUGAGACUGAGGCCUAAGUGCAUUUGACUACCGUUUGCUGUUUGUAUUGGGGUGAAAGAAAAAAUAAACACGGAAACAAUUGUAAUAAGAAACAAUUGCCAAUAUUUCAUGCA